AUGGCCAUCAUUACUCCACGCACCAAGCUUUUGGUCGGGAUCGACUACGGAACGACAUACUCGGGGAUAUGUUUCGCGCUCUCAAAUGCCUCUGAUUUCAAAGAUAUAAAUACCUGGACUAAAUACCCCGGCGCGGCCUCGCAUAGCGCCGAGCAUACUAUCAAAGCCCCGACGAGAGUUGCCUUCCCAGAGGAAAAUGCCGACCUCGAUAGGACAGCAUGGGGCUACGAAGUCGAAGCAGGCAUGACAUCCUAUUCCUGGACAAAACUGCUUCUGGAUGAUACUCUACCUUCCGAGUUUGAUGUCACAGAUACAUACUCUACCAUGAAUCCUGAGAUUAUGCGUCUCCCCAACAAUAUGUCGGCAAAGGAUGUUGCUAGGGAGUAUCUUACGGGAAUGAGAAAGAUGUUUGACAAGAAUAUCAAUCAGUUUAUCGGCGCUCAUAAACUGGAUGAUCUUCCAAUGGAAUUCUGGAUAACAGUCCCCGCCUCGUGGAACGAAAAGGCGAAACUUCUUACAAAGAGCGCGGCCAUGGAAGCAGGGUUUGGCAGGAGGGAAAUUGACAGUAUCAAACUCAUCCCAGAGCCAGAAGCGGCAGCACACAUGGCAUUGAAGACCAGCAUCCAUCGGUUCGAAGGCUUCGUCAAGCCCAAGACAGGUGUAUUGGUGUGCGAUUGCGGCGGCGGCACUGUGGACAUUACAACUUACGAGAUUGAGAGGACGGAACCGACACUCACGCUCCGAGAAAUAGUUGUUGGUGCAGCCGGCAAAUGCGGCGGCACAUACGUCGAUCGAAACCUUUUGAAACUCCUCUCCGAACGAUUCGGCGAAGCAUUUACAAGCCUUCCCCCCGAAGAAAUCGGACCAGGCAGCAACUUCAUGGACUCAUUCGAAAGCAAAAAGAAAGACUUUAAGCUGAACAAUCUGGCUACUCGGCGAGAUGCCAGAGUUCAGCUGUUCAUGCCGCUAUUGAAGAGGACGCCGGAUCUCGAGCGUUAUUACGAGAGAAGGUCACACUCGAUUCUUUUGAGCAAGGCUGAUUUCCAAACUAUUUUCGAUCCAGUGAUUGACAAGAUCAUUACACUAUUAGAGGAUCAGAUCAAUCGGGUUAAGAAGAUGGAUGAGAGACCUAUUGAAACUAUUAUCCUUGUUGGUGGAUUUGGGUCCUCGCCGUAUUUGAACGAGAGAUUGACUGACUGGUGUGAACCAAGAGGAAUUCGUCUUACGAUUCCUGCCACUGGUGCCUGGUCUGCUGUCGUCUGCGGCGCCGUACUUCGCGGGUUAGAAGGCUCCAUCGUCAGAGAAAAGAAGUGCCGAAAACACUACGGCCACGCGCUCGCCAAAGUCUACAAUCCGUCCCUCCACAGCAACUACAAUUCAAAAAGGAGAUCUAUUUACAAAGAUGUCAUGGACAGGGUUGACAGACUUACCGGCUUCAUGUUCUGGCAGAUUCCAAAGGGCACUCUCAUUGAUUCGAAAACCGAAAUAAACUCAGAGUUUGUCAACAAUUACAGGGGUCCUAUCAUUAAAUCUGGAGAGCAUUUUCUAUACUCGUGCGGCUUAGACGCUGCGCCGGGUACCAUCGACGAUAAUCGCGUCGAGACGAUCGGUAGAAUCCUGUAUACCCUGCAUGACAUGGAUUGGUCCCAAGUCCCCAACGUCAAGCGGCUUACAGAAGAGAAUGGGGAGACAUGUACCGAGAUUCCUCUGGUUCUCAAUAUUCGCCUGGAUGAUGAAGUGGGCCACUUGGUGUUUCGCAUCCUGUGUAACGGAAGAGAGGCUGGUAAAGCAAAGCUGGACUUGGAUUAUUAG